AUGCCGGACCCCGAAAUCGAGGUCAUGCGGGAGAAACUACAAGCAGCAGCUCCCACUGUGGGAGCGCAACAGGGUACACCGGCCGCCUCGUCUGCACCUGCGGAGGACCCUAGCGCGACUGGCGCCAAAUCACCCCCGGCCACAACCGGUGAGGUCGGCGACGGGAAGCAAAAGCGCAAGGGCAAGGCGAAUCACGGCUCUUCCAAGGAGACAUCUAAAGCGGCCACGCAGGGUCGGAAGAGUUCAGGCGUCCGUGUUGACAAGGAGAUGGGGCUGGCCGUGUCGGAGAUAAAGUUUGGGAAGAAGAUUCGUUACAUUUGCCGGUCGAUGGACAAGUCGGAGGCCGCCUACUGCAUCGCAAUCGCCGUUUCAUCGUUCGACGGCUACGUGAGCGACGUGAUUCUCGCCGAGUUCAGUGGUGUCAAGGAGGAUGUGAUGAAGCAGUCUAAGUCGGACUGGGAUGUGGCGCGAUUGAUUCCGGGCGGCAUGUGGAUGGUCAUGUGGAGCCGAGGCGCAAACGUCUUCCGCGACAGGUUCCAAGAGGUGGUCGCGGAGUACAACAGGAUAACCGCCGCCGACCGCGCAGCUCUCAUGGUGGCUCUUCGUCCGGCGGUGUAG